UCUGCACCUCUGGACUAAGUCCCCACAAACAGGACCCAAGGAUCACCAAGAAACCCCCAAACUGAGCUCUGGCUCGGUGUCACACAUGGCUCCCCGGGCGGUUUGGCUCCUGGUCGCGCUGUCCACCGUCCUGAAGCUGCGCUCCUGCUGGGCUUAUACCUGUCCAGCCAUCUGCCGCUGCAGCGCAGACACGUUUCAGUGCAGCAGACACACUCAGCUGGCCUCCGGGACCGCAGCAACAUCUGUGCUGCGACUAAGGCUCACCCGGCUGCCCCUGAAACACGUUCCUACUCAUGCCUUCAAGGAACUGAUCAACAUAACCAUAAUAGAGAUCUCCCAGAGUGACUGCAUCGCAAAGAUUCAGAAGCAUGCCUUCUUCUCUCUCCAUAGUCUGGCGCAGAUCUCAGUGCAGAAUAUCAACAGUCUGAGAGUCAUUGAAAGCGGUGCCUUCACUGACCUGCCUAGGCUGGAAUAUUUGAGCAUCUCAAACACAGGCCUAACACACUUCCCAGACUUGACAACCAUAUCCACCCUUGCAUCAAAUAUCAUCCUAGAAAUGGCAGACAACAUGAGGAUCGACAUCAUUCCUGCCAAUUCCUUCCAGGGACUUACAAAGGAGUCUGUUGACAUGAACCUGGUUAGAAAUGGCUUCAAGGAAAUUAAAUCCCAUGCCUUUAACGGAACCAAGCUCAACACUCUAAUAUUGAGAGACAACAGGAACCUCCAUCAUAUUCAUGAAGAUGCUUUUGAAGGAACCACAGGUCCAAGUUAUCUGGAUGUUUCAUCCACAGUUCUUUGCUCCCUUCCAAGCAAAGGUUUAGGUCAAGUGCGAUCUCUAAAAGCCACCUCUGCUUUUGCUCUCAAGAGCCUUCCACCAUUAGAAGGUUUCGCCGAGCUGCUGGAGGCCAAGCUCACUUACCCGAGCCACUGCUGUGCCUUCCACACAUGGAAAAGGAAACAAAGGGAGCCCACUGAUGAUGGUAUGAAUCUUGACAACGACUUAAACUUUCAAUACCAAGACCUUGAAUUUGUUUGCCACAGCAGCCCAUUUGUAAAGUGCUCACCAAAGCCGGAUGCUUUUAACCCCUGUGAGGACCUGCUGGGUUUUCCCUUCCUGCGCUGUCUUACCUGGCUAAUUACAGUCUUUGCUGUGGCCGGGAACCUCGCUGUCUUGGUCAUUCUGCUUAUAAGCCACCACAAGCUGACCAUCUCAAGAUUUCUCAUGUGUAACCUGGCCUUUGCAGACCUGUGCAUGGGGCUUUAUCUGAUGCUAAUUGCUUUCAUGGACUUCAACUCCCGUCAUGAGUACUACAAUCACGCUACCAGCUGGCAGACGGGGCCUGGAUGCAGCACAGCUGGGUUUUUGACCGUGUUUGCCAGCGAGCUGUCAGUGUACACUCUGACCAUCAUCAGCCUUGAACGCUGGCACACCAUUACGAACGCCAUGCACAUCAACAAGAGAUUGCGGCUGCAUCAUGUGGCAGCCAUGAUGGUGGCAGGCUGGGGCUUCUCUCUCCUCAUUGCUUUGCUUCCUCUGGUUGGAGUAAGCAGUUACAGCAAAGUGAGCAUCUGCCUACCAAUGGACAUUGACACCAUUGGCUCUCAGAUUUAUGUGAUGGUUGUGCUUAUCCUCAAUGUGGUGGCGUUCCUGGUUGUCUGCUUCUGCUAUAUAUGCAUAUAUCUCAGUGUCCACAAACCGGAGCAUUCUACUCGACACGGCGACACAAAGAUUGCCAAGCGCAUGGCAGUGCUAAUUUUCACGGAUUUCCUGUGCAUGGCACCAAUUUCCUUCUUUGCCAUCUCAGCCGCCCUGCGUAUGCCCCUCAUAACUGUGUCCCACUCGAAAAUCCUGCUAAUCCUUUUUUAUCCCAUCAACUCCCUGUGCAACCCUUUCUUGUACACCAUCUUCACACGCGCCUUCAGAAAGGACGUGUGCCGGCUGCUGAGCCGCUGUGGCUGCUGCGAUGCCAACUUCAAUUUCUACAGAUCACAGACUCUGGCAUCACAGCACACCUGCACUAACAAAGUGACCAACAGAAAACCUCACUCACUGAGCUUUUAUGCUCAUCACAUUAAGAUGAAGGGCUGCUUCUUAAGCAAGGGAGCGACAUGAUGGUCAGCGUGCAGAUUAGAAACUCAGAGGCAACAUCUGCUUGCUUACUUUGCAGCAUUUCAUUUUUAAGGUGGACUGUUAGCCGGUGUUAUGCACUGCAAACGAGUAUAAAUCUCAUCCGGUUUAUUUUGAAAACUGAGGAUUUUUUUUUCUCCAUUUAAACCGAGGGAC